AUGGACGCUACCGAAAAGGGAAGUUUUCGCAGGGAAGUUUUGGCUUUUUCUGGACAAGCACUUCCAAAAAAAGCAAUUUAUUCAAUAGCGUGGAUUUCAGGAUCAGAUAAGGUGGCAUGUAUUCAGAUAGUUAACCAUGGAGUUCCAAUUGCUGUGAUGGAGGAGAUGCUGGAAGGUAUAAGAAGAUUUCAUGAGCAGCCCCCGGAGGCCAAGAGGGCAUCGUACUCCCGUGACUAUACUCGGCAUGUGAACUAUUAUUGCUGUGGAGAUUUGAAAGUGCGAGCGAAAUCAGCAGCAGACUGGAGAGACACCUUGUCCUUCAAAGCCGUAGAGGAUCAAUGGGACUUUGAAGCACUUCCUCAAGUCUGCAGAUACUUUAAUUUCUGCAGCAGCUCUAAGAAAUUUUGA